UCUGCCUUACGGUUCGCACACAUUGUGGUCGGUUCACAUUUUGUUGAUUCCACCUGGGAGCAGACGGGUCGCACCUGAAAGCGGAGCACGAUCCGCCUCCACUUUUCGCUGUUGGACGUUAAUGAAAAACCGCGCAGCGGCGGAGUGAAUCAUUUCCCUGACAACUCGAGCGACACUUCGCUGACCCGAGAAGAGCUGACAUGACGAGCUGAACCGCCCCUCCGUCCCGGGUCCCCUGCAGGUGUUCCGAGUGUCCCUUCGCCGUUCCACUUCACCUGGACACGUCGGACUGGAAGCAUGCUGGGAGCGGAGAGCCGGCUGGAAAGCCAGCUGAAAAAGCUGGACUCGCUGAUGAGGAACCCGCAGUCAGCCCUGAACCUGGAAACCCUGCUGGACUCCAUGAACGCGCUGGCUCAUGAUCUGAACUAUCCUGCCCUGAGGAGAAACAAAAACAUAGAGGCCUUUCUCAAUCGACAUGAAAAGACGGUGAGUCAGCUGCGAGAGCUGCAGGUGAAGCUGGACGACUUUGAAAAAGUGAAGCUGAUCGGGAGAGGAGCCUUCGGAGAAGUGCAGCUGGUCCGUCACAAGGCCUCGCAGAAGGUGUACGCCAUGAAGCAGCUCACCAAGUUUGAGAUGAUCAAGCAGUCUGACUCCGCCUUCUUCUGGGAGGAGAGGCACAUCAUGGCCUUUUCUAACAGUCCCUGGGUCGUGCAGCUGUGCUGUGCUUUCCAAGAUGCCCGGCACCUCUACAUGGUGAUGGAGUUCAUGCCUGGAGGCGACCUGGUCACGCUCACCAUGAACUACGACAUUCCUGAGAAGUGGGCUCGCUUCUACAUAGCCGAGGUGGUGCUCGCCCUGAACACCAUCCACUCCAUGGGCUUCAUCCAUCGGGACGUCAAACCCGACAACAUGCUGCUCGACCAGCACGGACACCUCAAACUAGCCGACUUCGGCACAUGCAUGAAGAUGGACUCGACGGGCAUGGUGCAUUGUGACACAGCCGUGGGCACGCCGGACUACAUCUCCCCCGAAGUGCUUCGCUCUCAGGGCGGGGAUGGGUCCUACGGCCGCGAGUGCGACUGGUGGUCCGUAGGAGUCUUUAUCUAUGAGCUGCUUGUUGGUGAAACGCCCUUCUAUGCCGAGUCCCUGGUUGGAACUUACGGGAAGAUCAUGAACCACAACAACACACUGGUCUUUCCAGAUGACGUGGAGAUGUCUCAGAAUGCCAAAGACCUCAUCUGUGCUUUUCUCACGGACAGGAAGGUUCGUCUGGGCCGCGCCGGAGUGGAUGAGAUCAAAUGCCAUCCUUUCUUCAAGAACGACCAGUGGACAUUUGACAACAUCCGUCAGACUGUGGCUCCGGUUGUGCCUGAGCUGAAAGGCGACAUAGACACCAGUAACUUUGACGACAUAGAGGACGAUAAGAGAGAUGCUGAGCCCUUCCCUCCUCCCAACGCCUUUGUCGGCAGCCAGCUUCCAUUCAUCGGCUUCACGUACUUCAAGGAGGAUCAGCUUCUGAAGGGAAGCAACAACGUCUCUGUGCAGGACAGCAAGGAAAACUUGAAGAAUAAUUGCUCGGAGAGUAAGAAAGAGACAGAGGUCUAUUUAUCGGAGCAGCUGCAGAAAAAGCUUCAUCAGCUGGAGGAGCAGGUCGACCAUGAGAUGCAGGCCAAAGAUGAGCUGGAGCAGAAGUACAAAAAUGCCACCAACCGUUUAGACAAGCUGGUCAAGGAAUUCGACAAGGAGAUGAGUAGCAGGCAGAAAGUCGAGGCCUCCCUGAGGCAGCUGGAGAGAGAGAAAGCCCUCCUGCAGCAUCAGAGCGCCGAGAACCUGCGCAAAGUGGAGAUCGAAUCGGACAGAAAACGCAGCCUGGAGAACGAAUUAAACAAUAUGAAGGACCAGCUGGAAGAUCUAAGGAAGAGGAACCAAAAUUCCCAGAUCUCUAAUGAGAAAAUCAUCCAGCUGCAGAGACAACUCGAGGAGGCCGACGGCGCCCUGCGGGCUGAGCAGGAGGCGUCGGCGCGGCUGAAGAGGGGUCAGGCAGAGGCGCAGAAAGAGGCUCAGGGCCUGGAUGUCAGCCUCAGAGAUGUGCAGGAGAAGUGCAGCCAGCUCGAAAAGAGCAAGAUGGAGCUGGAGAAGCAGCUGACGGUGCUGCAGGCCGAGCUGCAGGAGGAGCGAAGAGACCGUGACCUCCGGACAGAAACUGUUAGUGACCUGCAGGGACGUAUCUGUGGCCUGGAAGAAGAGGUGAAGGAAGUGAAGUCUUGUCUCUCAAAGGUCCAUACUGAAAAGAACCAGCUACAUGAGAAGCUUAAUGACCUGGAAAAGGAGAAGAGCAACCAUGAGAUUGACUUGACAUUCAAGCUGAAGUCGCUCCAGCAGAGUCUGGAGCAAGAAGAGGCCGAACACAAGGCCACCAAAGCCAAGCUCGCGGAUAAAAACCGAAUCUACCAGACAAUCGAGGAGGCCAAGUCUGAGGCCUUAAAAGAGAUGGAGAUCAACCUGCAGGAGGAGCGCUGCACGAGGCUGCAGAUGGAGGGAAAGCUGCUGCAACAGGAGAAGGCCCUCUCCAUGCUGGACUGCGACUACAAGCAGGCGCAGCAGAAACUGGAGGAGCUUCAGGCACAGAAGGAAAAACUUUCUGAAGAGGUAAAGAGCCUGUGUGUGCUUCUGGAGCAGGAGAUCCACAAGCGCAACACCAACCAGAUCGACCUGAAGAUGCAGAACCAGCAGGUGCUGCUGCUCUGCUCCUCAGAGAAACAGCUCAAACAGGAGCUCAACCACCUGCUGGACAUGAAGCAAGUCCUGGAGAAACAGAACCUAGAUCUGCGCAGGGAGAAGCAGGAGGCUGGUGGCCAGCUGAAGGAACUGAAGGACCAACUGGAGGCUGAGCAGUAUUUCACAACCCUUUACAAGACGCAGAUCCGUGAGCUGAAGGACGAGUGUGAUGAGAGGAAUAAGUUGUACAAAGGGACGCAGCUUCAACUGGCAGUAUAUCAGGAAGAGAGGGAUUCCCUCACAGCCCAGCUGGAGGCCAGUUUGACCAAAGCGGACUCGGAGCAGCUCGCUCGCUCCAUCGCUGAGGAACAGUACUCCGAUCUGGAGAAGGAGAAGAUCAUGAAGGAACUGGAGAUCAAAGACAUGAUGGCAAGACACCGACAGGAGCUCGGCGACAAGGAGGCCACCAUCAACUCGCUGGAAGAGUCCAAUCGCACGCUGACGGUGGAUGCGGCCAACCUGGCCAGCGAGAAAGAGGAGCUCAACAACCAGCUGAAAAACAUGCAGCAACAGCUCCAGAAAGCCAGGGAUGAGGAGAGGCAGAUGAACUCACUCCAACUGUCCUUUGAAAAGCAGCUGCAGAAUGAAAGGACGCUCAAAAUUCAGGCCAUCAACAAGUUGGCCGAGGUGAUGAACCGGAGGGACACGGUGCGAGGAGGCCACCGGACCAUUGACACCGAGGUGCACAGGAAGGAGAAGGAGAACAGGAAGCUGCAGCUGGAGCUGAGGACGGAGAAGGAGAAGUUCAACAGCGCCGUCAUCAAGUACCAGCGGGAGCUGACGGACAUGCAGGCGCUGAUUGCAGAGGAGAACCAGGUGCGUCUGGAUCUCCAGAUGACGUUGGCCAGCAAAGACAGCGACAUUGAGCAGCUGCGAUGCCAGAUCACCUCCCUCAGCGUCCACUCCCUGGACUCCACUAGCAUCAGCAGUGGCAACGACCUGGACAUGGGCGAAGGAUACCCAGUGCGCAUUACUCACUCUCACACCUCCGAAUCAAUGUCCUUCACCUACCAGCGCACACACCAAUCUGUCCGCAUCGACACCCGGCCCCGCCUUCACUCUGCUCACAGUCCCUUCGACUCCGAGGACGAGGACGAGCGUCCCCCGGCCCUCCCUCUCGAGCAGCCCCCUGUGGCUGAACCUGCAGACGCGAGGCUCGAGGGCUGGAUUUCACUUCCUACCAAGAACACAAAGCGCUUCGGCUGGGACAAAAAAUAUGUAGUUGUGAGCAGCAGGAAGAUUCUGUUCUACAACAGCGAUCUGGACCGAGAGCAGGCCAUCCCCUUCAUGACCCUGGACAUCGAUAAGCUGUUUCAUGUCCGACCUGUCACUCAAACUGAUGUCUACCGUGCAGAUGCCAAAGAGAUUCCAAGGAUAUUCCAGAUCCUUUAUGCCAAUGAAGGAGAGAUUAAACGUGAACAGGAGCUCGUAACGGAGCCGGCGGUGUAUGGCGAGCGUCCAGCCUACAUCAGCCACAAAGGUCAUGAGUUCAUCCUCACCCUGUACCACUUCCCGUCCAGCUGUGAGGCGUGCACUCGGCCGCUGUGGAACGUGUUCAAGCCCCCGCCGGCCCUCGAGUGCCGCCGCUGCCACACCAAGUGCCACAAAGAUCACUUGGACCGAAAGGAGGAGGUCAUUGUUCCGUGCAAGGUGAACUACGACAUGUCCACUGCCAAAGAGCUGCUUCUGCUGACCAACUCUCAGGAAGAGCAGCAGCGCUGGGUCAGCCACCUGCUCAAACGCAUCCCCAGGAAACACCCGACCUUGAGUCCCCCCUCUGCAGCGCGGAACAACCUCCCGGAACCGACGUCACGCUCCUCCCCGCGACUCUCCCCCCGGGCCUCGCCCAAGGGGUCGCCUCAUUUGUCCUCGAAACGCGGGGCCAUCAAGAUUCAGUCCACCAGGCAGCAGCCACAGCCGCAGCCGCUGCCGGAGAAAACCAGAUUGCUUGAGUUUGGCCUCAAAGACUGGAGUUGGCCGUUCGAUGAAGGCGAUAAUGAUGAUGAUGAUGAUGAUGAUGAUAUGUUCUGACGGAAGUAAAAGAGGGGGUAUGGAGGGUAACUGGACCCCUACGUUUGAUGGCUGGCUGAUCAAAGAUGUGUCUUUUCAUCCUUGUGGAUUAAUGAAUGCUGUCUGGAACCAGUGCCUUCAUGUGUUACUGCUUUUAAAAAAAAAAAAAAAAAAAACACUAACCAUGGACCGAAACAUUAAUGGAAACUUGCAGUCAAAAACUGGUGCUGCCUCGGUCAUUUUAAGAAGAAACUGAGUAUUCAUAUUAGAGGGAGACUUAAUCCAAACGACAAUAACACUACACUGUGAUUAAAACUGCCUUGUUG